AUGACGAAUGAGCUGCAGUUUCUCGUGCACUUGAACCGCACUUUAUGCAUUUCCUUGCCAUCCGAUAUCGUAUCUAUCGCUUCUCUAACAUCUUUGAUUGAACAAUAUGAAAAGGUACCCUCUUGUCUCGUAGAUUUAUACGUAAACGAUUGUAAACUCGACGUAUCGAGUCAUGUGCCGGCCUUUCCAACCAUCAUUCGUGCUCGAUUACGAGGUGGUUUACGUGGCGGUAAAGGUGGUUUUGGAGCCAUGCUACGUAGUAUGGGAAAAGCAUCAGGUACGAAAGCAACGACGGACUUUGGAGCGUGUCGAGAUCUUCAUGGACGUCGUUUACGUCAUGUGAACCAAGAAGUGGCAAUGCACAAGUGGCGAGAGGAUGGAGAGACGCGUUUGCAAUGGAAAAAAAAUGGUGGGAUGGAAGACAGACAAGCACUGGAUGAAGAGACACCGAGUGGGAUUCCAGGCUGGUACUUGGCUACACCUUCAUGGGCAGAAGGAGUGAAAAAGUCAUACAUGAAGAGACGACGCAAUACAAUUUUGUGUAAAAACUGGGUCAAAGCUAGAGAAGGAGACGAUGUUGUUGUUCCAGUAGAUGCGCCACGAUGGUGGGGAUGUCCACGUGGAAGAAAUUGUGACUUUGCUCAUGGAGAAGCAGAGUUACGUGGAGAAGGACUGAUGGAUUUUAAACGAGCGAAAAGGAACGAAGCACAGAGAAUGAAGCAGCAGGAAUUGCAGGAUUAUGUCGACUUUGAACAGGAAAUGCCCGAGGAUGUGUUGGAUGCAAUAAGAAGUGGACUCGGACGUCGAAAAAUCAAGAUAAAGGACGAGAUUCAACAGCUGCAGGAUGAACGUGCGUUGCCACCCGAUGCAACCACAUACAUUAGUGUGCGUUCGGCACAACACCCACCGCCCGUGGUUGAAAUGUGGCUGAAGUUUGUGGGUGAUAGCAAUGAGGAAGAUGCGACUGCUAGUGUUGGAACCAUAUUCAAGCAUGGAUUGUGUGAACUUCGUGGUCGAGGCAAUUUUGGAACGGCAUCGGCGCGACACUGCUGCGCACUGGCCAAGGGAAAAUGGUACUAUGAGGUUCGCCUUGUCACGGCUGGUGUCGUGCAGAUUGGCUGGGCUGAUUCCACCUUUGAAGCGAACUCGGAAACGGGAGAUGGCGUGGGUGACCAUGAGCGGUCAUGGGCUUACGAUGGUGCUCGACGGCUCAAGUGGAACAGUAGCAAGGACGAGGAGUAUGCGACAGAUGAUUCAUGGAGCAAGGGCGAUGUGAUCGGCUGCUUGCUUGAUCUGGAUGAGGGCACGGUUUCGUUUACUCAGAAUGGCGUUCAUCUUGGUGUAGCAUUUCGUAAUGUCAAGCACACGCCGAGCGAUGAGGGCUUCUUCCCGGCUAUCAGUGUUGAGCAGACGGAGAUUUUGCUAGUAAACAUUGGCUCCCAACCGUUCUUGUACAAGCCCCUUGGAUUUGAGUCAGUUAUUGACGCUUUGAAUGAUGAAGCUGCCGAUGAAUCGGCCGCCGUCGCGACGAUUGUAAGAGAUAUCGCUGCGACAUCUCCAUGUAGAGCUUCAUCAAACAACAAUGAAUAUUCUGGUACGUCAGCUUUGGUUACCACGAAACAGAGUAAGGAGAUUCCUGCAACGAAAGUGAAGACCAGCACGCCAAAGGAAUCGGAGAAGAAGAAAAGUUUCACUGCACCUCGUAUCGAUCUGAUGAAGUACGAGACUGUUGAGUCGCUCGAGUUACUGGGUUUAGAGCGGCUGAAGCAGGAACUGAGUCGUCGUGACUUGAAAUGCGGUGGUAACUUGACGGAGCGUGCUACUCGUCUGCUCAGCAUUCGAGGGAAAAGUUGGGAGGACAUUGACGACAAACUCAAGGCCAAGAAAAAGAAUGCAUCAGGGUAG